UGUACGCACAUCUGCCUUCCAUAUAUCUCCCACCGCACUCAUCGCAAAAGUGAAUCUUUUGAUGGAUAUCAAAAUGCAAGAAUGACAAUCUGAAGCCCAACCUGGUCCCCCUAAAUGUUCCCUCUCGCUCAGCGGAAAACUGGCGCUAAGCCCAAAACAGCCGAAACUACGCCGACCUCUUUCCACCCACAGGCGGGCGUGUAUGGAGAGCGAGAGCCACAGCACCAUAUGAGAUCGACUGCACGCCGGAGCCAAAAGCCCAAAUCAAUCACUGCACCACAACACCACGACUUUCCAUCAAUCUGAGCAUCUCCACCAUCUCCAGCGCCCUCAUUAACCCUGGCUACGCAUCCGUUUUCUCGCAAAACGGAUGUCGCGGUCGCUUUAUUAUGAGUGAGGUUGGGCCUGCCGACCGCUCCCGCCUUUUGCGAUCCAAACGCAACGAACUCAGGUACAUUAAUUCCCCCAUGGGCAUGGUCGAAAGCGCAUGGCGAGGCGCAUCGAUGCAUCUGAUUUUCAGUGUGCUGAUGGUUGUAGUGGAAUUGUUACCUCGCGCGAGAGGAAGCUCCGCGAGUUAUUUGCCGUUUGCGACAAUGAAGGCCCCGUACCCCAAACCACCUACUCGAGCCCCAACGCGCCGCCCACCAGUGCUGCCGAAGAUCGAUUUCUCGAUGUCACCGACAUCCUAAAGUACGUGCCAUCACCACCUGCACCACCACAGAAUUAUAUGGAGACGGAGGGCUGGGUUAUAAAUGCCGUGGUUUUAUUAACGGGUAUUCUAGAGAUCGACUUUUCGACGAAUCCAAACUUCCCACGCGUCGACAGCUACGCUCCGAAACAGCGAAACAAAGAACUCUCAUUCGGAAGCCUAGCCCAGAGACUCGCACGAAGGACACUGCCCGCAAAGCGAAACCCCAGCGCGAUGGUUCCAAGCCGAGAAAGAGCAGGGCCACGACCCCAGAUGCGAAGAGUGAUGGUAGGCCGCCAUCUGUUGUUGAGAAUGGAAUAGAGUCCAAAGAAAAGGGGAUUCCGAUGGAGAGGUCGGCUUCGAAGAGCUCGCAGACCGACUUACCAGCAGAAUCCGCAGUUAUUCUGGGAGAGAUUAUAGAGGAAACAUUCCAACGGGCAACGAAACCAUCACCUCAUAUACCCGAUACAUCCAUUCCACCAAAAGAAUCCGAGGCUGAGCGGAUUAGAUCCGUAUUGGAAAGUAGAUCAAACAGCCCUGGGGUAGAUCCACGAAAGGCGAUGCCAAUACUGGCUGAGGAUGCUGCACAACUAUCCGAACCGCUCGUUGACGGCCUAGGUUCGCAUGACGUACAUCACAAAGCUACCACAGUGCAUCUUCCUUCGAAAGAAGUCCAAGAGAAACAUCUCAGGGAUGUAAAGCAGGCACAGGAGGAGAAGGGAAAGGCAAAGGAAGCUUCGAGUCUUGCUAUCAACCUACCUCGAGAUGGAGGUCACACUACCGAACCUGCUUCUUCUCCUGGGUCUACGAAUGGCGCUCAUUCAGCUACCACUUCUGCCCUGCACGAGACUUCCACAGACACUAGCCCAGAUAAUCAAAAUUCUAUGUACGAUCCAGGAACCAUCGAGAAGGAUGCCCAGACACCUCCAGAAUUACGUCCAACUCCACAACAAGUGGCAGAGAAGGAAGAACAUGAUCGAAUUCUUGAGGCACGAAUAGAAAUAGCACGCGAGGAAAUUCUCGGGAGCAGUCCACCGGCACCUGAUAAACAAUUACGGAUGGAGGAGUCUGCAUCCUUAAAUACGAUCGUGGUGGAUGAUCGAAGCCAUUCUAAUAGAGACUCGGAAAUCACUGUUGCUGAAAGGGAGGAAGAAGCGACUAAACGACUGACCAAGGAGGCCAGUGAGGUUGUGCGCGAUAUUGUCGAGGAUAUGAACGCUGCAGUACAUGCUAGAACUUCAGGGGAUAUCGAAAUGUCUGGUACGGAGCAGCCCAACGGAGCGACUGUUAAUGGAGUUGAACCCCGCAAGCGUGAGGUACCUGAUUCGGAGAACGAAGGAACCCCGGUUGAGGCUAUCGAAAAACCGACAGUCAAGGAUUCAUUCGAAAGUGAGAGUAGUGGUGCAACCAUUCGAGAUACUGUUCCAUCGCCAGCCACUUCCGCGCCAGUUGAAGCUCUUCCAAAUGCAACAAUCGAUUCUAAAAGGUCUUCUACCACCCCCACAUUAUCCACGCCAGCUCAAUCAGCUCCUCCUCCUGCUACAGCCAUAGCACCCCCAGUGACAGAACGUAUGACCACUAGGAUUACCUCUGGCACGAUGCGACAUAAAUCCGUCUCUGAAAUCCUUGGAGAAAUUCCACGACCUAAUGCCAAUCACAAUUCAGAUAGAAUUCCUGCAAGAAUCGCAACUGAUUCACGGUCGACUGAAAAUUCAACUUCACCAUCACGAAGCUCAACUCCUCAAUCUCCUGGGACCCGCAUACGCAGCUUGGUGGAAAAGGCAAAAGAGAGAGAGCGAAGCAAGCUUUCUACGGUCACCUUUUCUCGGCGUGCCAAUAAGCCAAAGUCGAAUGAAACUGCUCUGACAACAACUGGUAACCAGGUAAUCCGGCCUCAGGACGACUAUCUGAUGCCACUUUUCGUCGCUUCAGCAACAUCUGACAAGAGAGGUAUUCCAGCUCUAGAUAGUCUGCUGGCCACGGCUCAUAAGACGAUUACCACUGCAAAUGCAUUUUUACCCAUUCAGGAAAGUCAAACAAGCAAGGUCUUGAAGAGAAUAUAUGGACUGCAGUCGGCAAAUAAAUGGUCGUUGAGGCAACCAAAACGCGCUGUUGAACCCAACAGACCCACCACACACUGGGACGUUCUGCUCCAGGAAGUAAAAUGGAUGCGCACCGACUUCAGAGAGGAAAAGAAAUGGAAAAUGACCGUGGCUAGAAAUUUAGCAUUUGCAUGCGCGGAAUGGCUAGAGGCUGGUCCAGAGGAUCGAAAAUUACUACAGGUGAAAGCUACGCCACCGCCCAAACCUGCGCAGGAAUCUAGAAAUGAUGCAUCAAUGUCGGACCCCCAGGACAUCCCACAUCUCACUCCCGACCUUGUUGCUUCCGGGGAGUUUGAUUCUCCUAUGGAUGAUUUUGAUGAGGAACCUCGCUUGAAUUUGAUGGAUACCGUUGCCCCUACUGCCAUAUUCGCUCUCCAGGAUGAUGACGUUGUUUUUCCAUUACGAAGAUCACCUACUGCUGAUAAAUUGCUCAAUGAAUUGCCCAUGUAUGGGGCGCCAUUGAGUGUUCCACAGUCAGAUAUACUGACCUCAGAAAUUGAUCCUGAUCGUAUGUGGAGGAGACCUGCUCUGCCUAUAAGCAAGUUUGUUGAGGGCAGGAUGGAGCUCAAAUUAGGCGGGCCACCUCGGAAAAAGAGUCGUUACCAAUAUGAAGAUGAAGAAGAUGACGAGGAUGAGGUUGUCUUUGGGGACCCAGAUCAAAAAAGACCUGUUGCUCCGCCAGAAAAGUCUGAUGUUGCUUUAUUUGAUCCGCAACAUAAGCACAUUCGCGACCGCAUACAUUCUUCACAUCAAUUUCGUCCACCCACAGAAUUCCCGAUGCCACUACAAAGCUUCUUUGAGAGUCGGGCCCCUUCGCAGUGGACAUACGAGGAGGACAACGAACUCAAAAGUCUGGUUCGAGAAUACUCUUAUAAUUGGUCCCUUAUCGCCAGUAUGCUGUCUUCCAAAUCCCUGUUCUCUUCUGGGGCAGAACGCCGUUCACCUUGGGAGUGCUUCGAACGCUGGGUUCAGCUUGAAGGGCUACCUACAGAUAUGCAAAAGACACAUUACUUCAGAGCAUACAACAGUCGUAUUGAGGCUGCCAACAGGGCAGUAUUGCAAGCUCAGUCUGCUGUCCAACCCCAACCGAUGGCCAAUGGACAAAUGCAACCACAACCCCCAAGGAGGAGAAUUACGGCUAGUGUACGGGUUGAACGUCGCCGGAAUUCAAAACAUCUCAACAUGGUCAACUCAAUGUCAAAGCUGGCUAAGAAACGUGAGACAAGCUUACAGAAACAGACCCAGGCUGCUGGUAUGGCUGCUCUUCGCAAAGCCAACGAGAAUCAACAACCUGCACAAGCACGGAACGUACACACUCCACAGGAGUUUAGUCGCCUCAAGCAUGAUCGCGAUGAACAAAUCAGGGAGCGGCUUGCACAGAUGCAGCAGCGGGCGAUUCAACAGCAAAGAGUAUGAUAUAUCUUACCUCUUUGCCAUCUAUCACAUUCCAUAUUCCUUAGUUUUCUUUCUCUUCUCUAUUUACAUUAGCUAAUUUUUUAGGCCGCCGCUCUGCAGCAGCAACAAAACAGAGUUGCCCAGCAAGGUGGUCCUCUAAAUGGAGGGCCCCAGGCUCGACCUCCUGGAUCACAGCCACCGAAUGGACCACCCGCUCAAAACGGCCAAAACCUUGCAGUCCCAGGUCAACAAAAUAGAAUUCCUCGCCCAAUGCCACCGCAAAUGGCUCAGCAAAUGAGUCAGCAGAUGGGUCAACAAAUGCAAAAUAGUCUCCGCGUGCCUCAAGUUCCUAUAAACGGUGUUCCUCAAGCUCCCAUGCAAGCGAUGCAAGGCCAACUUCCAAUGCCAAACCCAGCCGUAAGUGUAGGAUUGAUCAAUCAAGCUGCCCAGACUGCAGAACAACAACGUGCCAUGAUUCAGAUGCAACAGCAAGGGAAGCCUCCUCUUCAAUCACCUCAAUUGCAAAAUUCCCCGCCAAGAACAAACGGUAUGCCUCAACCUGGAUUUGCCGUGCAAAAUAUGAUGGCUUUCAAUGGCAACGAAAAUCGUGUUCCAGCAGUCUCUCCUCCGGUAAAUGGUAUGGUGCCUUCGCCUGGUCAACAACAUGGGCAAGCUGGAUCACCUAGAAUGGGUCAACCGACUCAACACUCGUCGCCAAAAGAUGGGUUACAUACUUAUGUUGGACAGAUGGAGGCUGUUCUGAAGAAAAAGUAUCCUCAAGCGACUCCAGAAACAAUUAGGAACAUGAUACAGGCACAAAUGCAGCAACAGAUGAAGAACGUUAUGCCGGGGUCCGGGAUGGCUCAAAACGCAAUGAAUGCCGCUGCCGGAGGAUUACCAAAUACGUCUGGGGCCUUGGGUGGGAUGAAUGCUCAAGCUCAUCGGGUGCCUCCGGGGGUUGAAAGUAGUCCACAGUUGUAUGCGCAGAUGCUGAGACAGCAACAACAGCAACAGCAGGAGAGGCAGCAACAAGAGAAUCUCCAGAAAGUGGAGCAGGCUAGACAAGCAGCUGCUGCUGCCGUUGCGAGCAACCAAAAUGGAGCUGGUGGUCCGAAUAAUAAUGGUCAACAAGCUCAGGGUCAUGCGCAUAGGAAUAGCUCGGGCAGUGUGCAAAGCUCCAAGUAACGUGGGGGUGUGCGUUGGUGUGUUUGGGUUGUUGUCUCGUCUUUUAUAAGCAGGUGGGGGUUCGGCAUGCUAUGCUUCUUCAUUUUUUGUGAAAAGGCGUGGAGUUUUUUGGUGUUAGGGUGGAUUUUAUCUGAUCAAUCACCAUUGGUGGUUGUGGGUUGGGAUGGGAUGGGUGGGAAACCUACCUACAGUUAGAGUAGAUCUUUUUUUUUUCACUCUUACGAGAAAUGUCUUUUCUCGAGGAAAUACUGUCUAAGUGUUGUGUAUUGGAGGGUAUUGAGAUCCUGAUACAGGUAUUCUGCAUCCUAUGAAAUGGGAAUGCAGAUGAGAUGAAAUGGACGGGAUAGAAGGUGAAUGGGGCGUAUAUAAUAAUCCCUCCCCGUUCGUCUUCUUUUGAAAGUGGAGCAGUUCAAAGCGAAGCAAAGGAAACUUGAAUGAGAAGAACCGACUUGUGUAUGAUGAAAUGAGAGAGUGUAAAUACAAAUAUAAAUUCAAAUUCAC